AUGGAACGAGGUCUGAGCGACGUGUCGUUCCGAGAACAUGAACAGCGAUGUAGUCACAUCGAUUGCAAUAAUGAAGUGAAUAUUCUAUUUUGUUCAUUUUUGGGGGUGUUGCGUGAUCCUGUGAACCUAAUAAAGAACCGCCUCUGGAAACAUUAUCCUCAUCAUACAAACAGAAGAGAACUGAAAGAUCCUUGCAGUGAGAUGUUCACUUCUGCAUCCAGAACCAAGAUGAAUUUGGAAUUGUUUAGAUAUCCUUGGACAUCAAUUGUAGCUGAAAAUGUAACAGUGGAAGCAAACUUAUGAAAACAAGGUGAACAAGACUGAAACAUGGAGUUGAGACGACCUCUCUUGAUAAAUGGGAUUAUCACAAACUCCUCUAGAGACUCCUGUCCACAAAAUACAGGACACCUGUCCACAAAAUACAUGACACCAGUCUAGAAAGAAAAUACUAGUUGCUGGGGAACUGUGAUAGAGCUGAGAUGACCUCUCUUGAUAAAUGGGAUUAUCACAAACUCCUCUAGAGACUCCUGUCCACAAAAUACAUGACACCAGUCUAGAAAGAAAAUACUAGUUGCUGGAGAACUGUGAUAGAGCUGAGGAGAGGAAAACCGGAGGGGAGAAACAGGCAUCUGUGGGUCUCUUGGAAUAUUGUUAAGCACUGUGAUAAAUAUGAGUAUCACAAGCUCUUCCAGAAUCUCCAAUGGACAGUCCACAAAGUUCAGGACACUUGUUGCUGGGACCUGUGAUUGGUAUAUAAUAUUUUUACCCAAAAUAUAUUUUGCGGGUAUUUCAUCAAAUUCUGUAGUUUGUUUGCAUUACAUGGAUUGCCUCAGUUGCUUUUGAAAGUGACUAAUUCAGUGUGUCAGGUUAUCCCUACUGCACAUUGUGAUAUUUUCUCUGAUAUUAUUAAAAAAAAAUCUUAUAUAAAACUAAAAUUGAUAAAAAUAGCAUUCAUCAAUGCUAAUAAGAGCAAUGAAAGUGGUGGGAGAACCAUGAAGCUCAAAUGGAAAAAAAGAAAAAAAAGAAUGAAAAAAAAAAAUAGCACCAUAUAUGUGUUGGGAUGUAGAUUAGGUUAGUUUCCUCAAGAGUAGACCAAAUGUGCAUUGAAAUGGGAAAGUGUUUGUGAGUGGCCAAGUGAAGUGCUCUUUCAGAUGAGUAUCAGAUGUACCCUCACUUGUAUAAUUGGCCUUACGUGGCCAGUAUUACACUGUAAGAGAACUUCAUAAAAUCUUUCACGAGCUUUGUUGAAGAUCUUUAAGCUUUGAUGAACAUAUUACAUUGUAUCCAAAAUAUAUUGCAAUGAAAUACAUUGUUUGAAGAUACUGCAUCCAAUAUUUAAUUCCCUUUCUUUGAAAGUGGAUCUACUCAUUUGCCUACAGACUCUAUUUAAUUAAAGCAGCAUUGCCCAAUGCUAAGGUUACUGACAAUUGGAGAAACUUACAUUAGUUUAUCGUUUAAGCACUAAAAUUUCUCUAUGUACUUUGCAUGGAAUUAUUCUAGAGAGAUCAAGCCAUUGACAGUGCAAUGAAGGGAGAUUUUUUUUCAGGGUGAGAAAUGCAUUCUAAUAAUAACACAUUAAUAUACUGCUACUGCAAGAAUAAUCGUUGAACGUCAGUGUAAAUUAUUGCUCUCCAUAUUUUAAAUGAAAGUAAUCUUGAAUCUACUUCAUCCCAGGAGUACAUAAAAGAUUAAUUUUCCUUUCCCAUUCUCAUUGCAAUAUCUCAUGCUGCUUCUCCAAUAUGUUUUAAUUCAUGCGUGACAAUUCAACAUUGAUUGCUUGUACUGUGCCUUUGUUGUACUCUUUGUGUAUUUUAUUUUAACGAAAACUUGUGCCAUUGCAUCAUGUUACAUACCAUCAUUAAGGUAUAGAUUGUAACAUGUCGAAGGAAA